CCCCAAGAUCUUCGACCCACGCAAACCUGCAGUAUUGUGUUUUAUAUCGGCUAAAGGAGAGUCAACGGAAACCCAUCGACGCGCGCAGGACACACGGUACAUAUUUCGCGUCUUGUUUGGAGGGACGCACAACGGAAAGUCCGUUCACCCCGUCACUGACAGCAUUUCCACCUUGCUCUCUCAGAACGAAACAUAGCCUCCUGAAAUAUAUGGAACGGGAAUUUACAGCUUUGCGCAGCAAUAUCCUGACUAAUGUGACUUGAUGAAUUACUACAGUAAAAUAGAGGAGCAAGAGAUAUAUUUUUUGUGGUUUUAAAUCUUCUGACAAGAAAGUUCGCGCGGUCCUGAACAGCUCAACUGAAAGAUGCGCGCGGACUCGUACUACUAUGAGGUUUGGUGUACAGUACGACUCUUUUAAAGCUUUACCGUGUUACUGUCAGUGAUUUCACUUUUCGCUUUUCAGACUAUUGCCUCUAUUUAGUAAAGGCGGAUAUCUGUUGCUCGAGAACUGCUACAAGCAUUAACGUUUAGCAGGUUGCUCAUUGUUUCGGCGCUCGUGUUCAUCUUUAGAAAUCAGAGGUAGCUGUUGUUGUUUACCGAGUUUACCGGCGCCUCACGGGCUUCUGCAAUGCGAGGCUCGGAUUCAAACCGUUUGACAUCUCUUUGGAAAGCCAGUCGACUGUCAAAUUGUAACUGAAUCAAAUCGAAUGAGCCGGACAACUGGAUUGCUGAGUCGCGAGCUCACGGCCUAUUGAACACAUUAGCACCUGUCACAUCAGUCCAGCCAAGGUCAUCGCUCCUUCUCUUCAUUCUCCAUCCGACUGUUAAACACUAAGUCCAGCACUCUGCUCUUUUACAAUGGAGAGCCUAAGUGAGCUUCAGAACCCUCUUUUGGAUAAGAACAGCAAACACAUGGUGAUGGCCGAUUAUGGCUAUGGAGGCGAUUUCCACAGCAACCAGUAUCAGGAGAACAUUAUAAACUACUUUGUGACUGGUGGAGGAGGUGGCGGCGGAGGCGGGGUUGCAGUCACAGGAGGAAAUGGCAAGGCUAAAGCCCAGCUACUGGAUGCCACCUCGCUUCACUUGGCGGUGGAGGCCUUUUACAAGCCUAACUUCAUCCUUUACAAGGACGACGUGAGCGGCAAGGGCAAGGAUUGCAAAAACGAGUGCUGCGAGACCACCUUCAUGGAGAAGAAAGACAAGGACGUAGUGGUGGAGACCCCCAGUACGGAGGACCCACAGGCGAAACUGCUGGAUGAAAAUGAGGUGAAAAUCCAGACGGUGUCUUAUGAAGUGGAGGAAGAGGAAUACGUGGAGUACGAGACGGAUUGCUCCAGCGACAGUGAGAGCGAGGACAACUUCAUCGUCAUCCCUCCUCGCGAUCACCUGGGCCUCGCUAUCUUCUCCAUGCUCUGUUGCUUUUGGCCUCUGGGCAUUGCUGCUUUCUACUUUUCUCAGGGGACCAGCAAAGCCGUAACCAAGGGAGACUUCCCAUUGGCUAGCAUCGCAUCUAGACGAGCCUUGUUCCUAGCCGCUCUCUCCAUCACCAUUGGAACGGGGGUCUACGUAGGCGUAGUGGUGGCCCUCAUUGCAUAUCUGUCCAAACCAGGCCACAUUUAGCACAGCCAGAGAAGGACUACAGAACUCCACGAUACUACACAACCACCUCUGAACGUCUUUUUCUAAAUGUCUCAUUCUCAUCCCUCCCCGUGGACUGCCUGUCCGCCCAAAUCAGAGAAAGGGAUGAACCAGAAGAGGAUGAACCAGAAGAACUGGGGACUAUAAAUAUAUAAUGUAAGCUUCACCUUGUGUCACACCACACUGACUAAAACUUAACUAAGUCUGAGAGCAGUUCAGGUGAAGAAUAUAUACUACCGACAAAUAAGCAAUCCAAUUAACCAAACCCAAAGGGAAGCUAUUCCAAAGGACACAUGUAAGGAUCAAAAGGGAGUAAGUGCCCUUGGAUUUGUUUUUCCCUUUCCAACUGUGCUUCGUUCCGAACCUUAAAGAGAAUUCAAGCCGUUCUCCGUUUCUCUCUCUCAUUACUUACUUACUCCGUUAAACCCUGUAUAUGCGUGUGGCCCAAUUAAACCAGCACUGUUGAAUAUACCAACUGCAGUCUGUGAGUGCCAUUAAAAAGGACAGAAAGUUGUCCAAAAUAACACCGCUUUGUAUGUUAUAUAAGCGAAUGCUCAUGAUCGCGAUACGGAACUUCAGGACAAGAAAUAAAAUAUCAAAGACAAUGCAGUCCACAUAUAUGAAUUGAAAUUCUUCUGUGAAAUUCAGCACCAUUUAUACACACAUCAUGUAUGUCGUUUCCACUUGUUUAGGGCUGUGCUUUGUGUAGUAAAUUCUUUGUAUUUUGUUUUGUCCGAAAGUCCAAAUCUUCGUUUUGACCCAACAUAGGCUGCAAGAGUUAUCAUGGUAGAAGAAAAAAAAUAACAAGGAAAACAAUUGUUUAUUUUAUAUCUGUAAGGAUUUGCUUGCGUUUAACCGAUUCUCUUUUACUCCCAGAUGUCUGAACUGAAUAGAAAUGACCUUACACGUGGAUGGUAUGGCGAUGUGUCCUUUCUCUCCCCAAAUGCAUCACUUAAUGUCUCUUCUGAUUUAAAAGAAAUCUUGAGAGUUCGCAAAACUCAAGACAGAUGAUUAAAAAAUGUACUAUAUACCUUCCUCAAAUCCUAAGAUGGAUGUUUGAACAAAAAGGCAGGUUUUGUUUUCAGGUGAAAGGGACUGAGAUUGAAUCUAUUAAUAAUGUAUUGGAUGUCUCGAAGCUCGCAGGCAUGAGAACGAACACACGGGGGAUGUUGAGUUAAAGGUCGACUAGUCUAUUUCAACAACAAUGGAGACUGAAUCUGGUGUAGUCAUCCGCAUAAGAACUUCAAAAACAUGAAAACUAUGGGUUCUCUGGUGGCUAAAUAGUGAUUUGGGGCUUGACUUGAAUUCCUAUGGUACAGACCUCAGUUGGAAGCUGGUAGAAUUGAAAAUGGCCACAUUUAGCUUCCCAUGGUGAUUUGAAAUACCCAAUAGCAGUGAAUACCCUGAUUAUACACAAGGUCUUUAAGGGCAUUAAGUUCACAAAACAUAGUAUAAAAUUCUUAAUUUUUUGAAAUUUUAUUGUAAGUAACCACUUAAAAGCAAGGCUAAACUCUAAAGGUUAUGCUUUACCAUCUUCAUGUAAAAUUGUAAGUACAACUGAGCAACAGUAAGGAACAAGCUGUACUUGGACUUCUGUUGUGGGAGUUAAGUAACUUCCGCCUGGAGUUAAGUAUCGUUAUUGCUAUUAUUAUACUGCUGAAUUAUAUCAAUGUGUAAAAAGCGUAACCUGGACACUGCAAUAAAAAUUGUAAACGGAUACAUCUGAUUAAAAAUACAUGAUCUCAAAUAAGAGUCAACAGAUCAGGGAAAAAUGUCUACAGGAGGACAGGUUUCUAUUGGUGCAGUGCUUUUGUUAAGGUUAACCAGUCCCUCCAGAAAAACCCAGAUUUUUUUUGUGAUUGUUGCGGGCAAAAAUCCUUGAUUUUGCGGCACGUUUUCUUAAAAAAUGUGAUGGAAUAUGUGGGAUAUUUUUGCAAUUUUAUGCGAUGAAAUUGCGUGAACUUGCUAAAACUGCGGUUUGAUGAAAAAGAUAAAAAAAGGUGAUUCCCCCUACACCUUUUUCUCACUAGGCUACUACCUUAAUGUAAAGAGUAAUUUCUUAUUACUUCCUAUGAUAAGCGAGCAUACUAAAUUACAGAAUAUUUAAGUUGCAAUCUCUUACUGCAACGUAAAUUAUUUUACAUACUACUAAUAUAAUUACAACUGUUAGUUUUUGGUACUGUUCUGUAACAAAAAAGUGCAAUCUUACAACUGUAAAGUUGCAUCAACUUGGCAAAUAAGAAUGAUUUGCGCGCUUCAAGUUUCACCCUGGUUUCACAGCAGAGUUUGCAGAUGAUGUUCACGUCACGUAAUUAUGUCACUUCAUAAGGUUCCCAUGGCAAUAGGGGGAAAAUGGCGCUUUACUUGUGUGAAGUAAACGCAACAUUUUUCAACUUUCUGCUUAUAUAUAUGUGAGUUUUUUGCAACGAAAAUACAGGGAUUAUAAAAUCAUGAUAGCCCCGCAUAUUUUGCUUUCUGAAAUCGGCAAUUUAAGCGGCAAAAGAGAGGCGUAUUUGAAAAAAAUGUGACCCCGCAUAAAUAUCCGGCCUUUGGCUGAUUAUGCAUUACAUAAUCGCGUUUUUCUGGAAGGACUGGUUAACAGAUUUACUCAUUGCCAGUGCUUUUAUCUAAAAUACGUUGCUGAGAAUGAAUUCACUGAAUCACCAAGCUUUUAUUAAACAAGAAUGAGCAGAAAUAAAAAACGAGGCUAUGGUUGAGGAUUUUACAGCUAAUUCACUGUUCAUAUCUGUGCCGUAAGAACUAAUUACCCUGAAUGCUUAAUACACGGCACCAAAAUUAAGCACCUGAGAAUAAAAAAAAAGAUUCUCAUACCAGUCAUAUCAGAACUUUCGUAGAUUAUCCAAACACACCACUCUUCACAUACUUGAAAUAGUAUGUAGCAGAAUGCACAGCAGGAAAGAAUAAUGCCUGGAUGACUAAACGCAAACCUCCGCUGCUUCCUCGGAGCCUGUGAUGCAUAGCACACACUUAAGUCCUGCUGGUUUUGUUGCAGUCUUUUAGCAAAUGCAUUUCCACUGCAACCACCAGAGCGUUAAAAGCCAACAUGGGACACUUGCAGUCCCUCAGAGCAGGUCAUGCAUUAGUCAUACCUGACAUUUACGGUUCACAAUUAGCUUCCCAUAAUGGCUUUUUCCGAGGAAGUGUCUGGUCUCCAGAGCAUAGCUAGAAAAAGCAUAGCUGGCAAAAUAGAAUCGGUUUUUACAAAUAACACUCUACACUACUUUGCGGCCACUGAAUCUUGACCAAGCAAAUCUUUGCUAUUUUUAAGCGCAGCAAAAAUAAAAUUAACACGUGGGCUACAGUUGGCUGUAAUGAAAAUGGGUUUCGCUUUCCAUCAAGGUCUUAUAUACUAACAUGCUAUCAAGUCGUGUGUUUUUUUUUUCCUCAUGUGUUUGCGUCAUUAAUUUCUAAAUGAACAGUGUCAGUGUGUGCCCUCCUCUGAUUGUGUAUCAGCCUGUUUUUUUCCCCAUUUUACGUUUCCAUAGUGACUAGUCAUUUUCAGAUGUUCAUUUUAUGCCACAUACAAUGACCUACACUGUAAGAACAGUGAGAUCAAAUGUGCAUUUCACCUUCAAGUUUUAAAUCGCAAUCAUUUCUAUCUGCUUUGUGUUUUGUCAUUGUCAUUCAAAUGGUGUUUUUAAGGCAGUAAAGUUAUUUUGGUAUCCUUCAUCAACAAACUGAGGAAUGUCUGCUUCAAUUAAAACUAAACGAGAGAGAGAGAGAGAGAGAGAGAGAGAGAGUAAAGUGUUUAGAAAGAAUGUCAGUGUUUUCUUGGUAUUGUAAUACUUUGAGUUUCCUCAUUCAUGAUCAGAAUGUGCUUGUGUGACAGUGACAAUGUUAAUACUGCAAACUAAAGACGAGAUGCAGCAGUAUAAAAUAAAUCAUUUGAGACAAAAA